AUGGGUUCCCGAGAGAAAAACCUCAAGAGCUUCCACUCAAAUCGUUUUAAGAACAACAUCAAAACGAAAAACCUCAAGAGCUUCCACUCAAAUCGUUUUAAGAACAACAUCAAACAAGGGAUCAAAGAUGUUCCAAAGGGUUGUUUAGCAAUCAAAGUGGGAUCAAGAGAAGAGGAGAAACAAAGAUUUGUUGUCCCUAUUUUCUAUUUUAACCAUCCGUUGUUUAUGCAACUCCUAAAGGAAGCAGAAGAAGAGUAUGGAUUCGAGCAGAAAGGUACCAUCACAAUCCCUUGCCACGUGGAGGUUUUCCGUUAUGUUCAAGACAAGAUCCAUAGAGAGAUAUCGGUUAAUUAUCAUGGUAAUCAUCAUCAUAAUAACCACAACCAUAUUGUUGGAUGUUUUAGAGCGUAAUGAUUAUGAUGGUAUAUGAGCAUGAAUAUAAAGAUGAUACAUGCAAGCACUAGCAGUACAAAAAGAUUGUCUUUGCUUUUAAUAUUUCAGCUUUUGUUCUUUUUUAAUUUUGUUUUGUUUUAGUCGUUUGAUAUUCUUGUGGAGUUGUGGAGCCAAACACGGCCUAACCCACAAGAAUAAUAAUAGAAGUGCAUGGUGUUUGUAAAUAUGAAUGUAAAAAGCGUGAGAUUAUGAAUGUUAGUUGUUCAAUUUAUA